AAACCUAACGUUUAGAAAGAGAGAGACUGCUUCUUUUCAGUAGUAGUAAAGGAUAAACCUAAGCUACGCCUCUCGACGCCCUUCUAAAACCCUAAUCUUUCCUGCCACUACCACCACCACAACCACAGCCGUCUCAUUUUUCUCUCGCAUAAGAAUUUAACCAGAAAUCUUAAGAAUAAGUCAAUUGGGUGUUGGACUAGACCGAAAUUUUCUUGUAUUUGGGUAUUAAAGCUGUCAAAUAGAACAUGGCUUCUACAUUUACUGCCAUGUCUUCCUUGGCUGCUCCCAAUGGACGGGUGAUGGACAAGAAUCUUGCAUCUUCUUCAAACAGGUUGUCUUCUUUUGCCUCCAUUUCUGGAAGCUCAUUUGGUAGGAGACAGAAUGUGGUUUUACGUAGAUCUCGAUCUCCCAAAAUUAAUGCUAUGGCCAAAGAGUUGCAUUUCAACAAAGAUGGAUCAGCAAUUAAGAAAUUGCAAACUGGUGUGAACAAACUUGCAGAUCUAGUUGGAGUUACUCUAGGUCCUAAAGGCAGGAAUGUUGUUCUUGAGAGCAAGUAUGGCUCCCCAAAAAUUGUUAAUGAUGGUGUGACUGUCGCCAAAGAGGUUGAAUUGGAGGAUCCAGUUGAGAAUAUUGGUGCCAAGUUGGUGAGGCAGGCAGCUGCCAAGACAAAUGACUUGGCUGGUGAUGGGACCACUACUUCUGUUGUUCUUGCUCAAGGCCUUAUUGCUGAAGGAGUCAAGGUUGUGGCUGCUGGUGCAAACCCUGUGCUAAUUACUAGGGGUAUUGAGAAGACCUCAAAAGCUUUAGUGACUGAACUCAAGUCAAUGUCGAAAGAGGUUGAAGACAGUGAACUAGCAGAUGUAGCAGCUGUUAGUGCAGGGAACAACUAUGAAGUGGGGAAUAUGAUAGCAGAAGCCAUGAGUAAAGUGGGUCGUAAAGGAGUGGUGACUCUUGAAGAGGGAAAAAGUGCAGAAAACAGCCUCUAUGUUGUUGAGGGAAUGCAAUUUGAUCGGGGUUACAUCUCACCUUAUUUUGUUACAGACAGUGAGAAAAUGUCUGUUGAAUAUGAGAACUGCAAGUUGCUUCUUGUUGAUAAGAAAAUUACGAAUGCGAGGGAUCUCAUUAACAUUCUUGAAGAUGCAAUCAGGAGUGGAUACCCAAUUCUGAUUAUUGCUGAAGACAUUGAGCAAGAAGCUUUGGCAACUCUUGUUGUGAAUAAGCUUAGGGGUGCUCUAAAGAUUGCUGCUCUCAAAGCUCCUGGUUUUGGAGAGAGAAAGAGCCAGUACCUUGAUGACAUUGCUAUUUUAACUGGAGGAACUGUUAUUAGAGAUGAGGUGGGACUUGCCUUGGACAAAGUUGGCAAGGAGGUUUUGGGCCAUGCUUCCAAAGUGGUACUUACCAAGGAUUAUACUACCAUUGUGGGUGAUGGAAGCACCCAAGAAGCAGUAAGCAAGAGGGUUGCACAAAUAAGAAACCUCAUUGAGGCUGCUGAACAAGAGUAUGAAAGGGAAAAGCUAAAUGAGAGGAUUGCAAAACUGUCAGGUGGUGUUGCUGUGAUACAGGUUGGAGCACAAACUGAGACAGAACUCAAAGAAAAGAAAUUGAGAGUUGAAGAUGCUCUUAAUGCAACAAAGGCAGCUGUUGAGGAAGGUAUUGUAGUUGGUGGUGGUUGCACCCUGUUGAGACUUGCAUCGAAGGUGGAUGCCAUUAAAGACACCCUUGACAAUGAUGAAGAAAAGGUAGGGGCAGAUAUUGUGAAAAGGGCUCUCAGCUACCCACUCAAAUUAAUUGCCAAGAAUGCUGGUGUAAAUGGAAGUGUGGUCAGCGAGAAGGUGCUUUCCAGUGACAAUCCAAAAUUUGGAUACAAUGCUGCAACCGGAAAUUAUGAAGAUCUAAUGGCUGCUGGUAUAAUUGAUCCAACAAAGGUGGUUAGAUGUUGCCUGGAGCAUGCAUCAUCAGUAGCAAAAACUUUCUUGAUGUCUGAUUGUGUGGUUGUUGAGAUCAAGGAGCCUGAACCAGUCCCUGCUGGCAAUCCCAUGGACAAUUCAGGAUAUGGGUACUAAGUGAACAAUCAAGAUGGGGUGAGCAAAUAAAGAUGACAGUCCCUACGGUGGGAAGAAUUAGUUAGUUUGGUGGAGAUGAGCGUAUUUUUUGUAAAUUUAAUCACCUCAUUGGAUAGGAAAUAUAGAUUGUGGUGAGGGUAGCUUUACUGGAAUGCGGCUUGUGUCUCUGCAAUUGCAAUGAUUUUGAACCUUUUAUGAGUUACUUGUAUCUUUAGUCCUUCUCCAUGUUCCGAUAUGAACGACUCCUUUAAAAUUUUAA